AUGGCCCCCGCUGUGACACGUUCUCUACGCCGCGCCCUGGUCGGGGCUUCGACGGUGACUAUGAGGUGGAGCAAUACCAUUCAAAUUCCCCGCCUCAGGAAAGAAUUACACACAGCUCUCUUUUUUCCAGGGCAUGGUGUCCAGCGAGUGGGCAUGGCCAACACUUGGAUGAACCACUUCCCUCAAGCCACAGCUAAACUCCUGGAUGAGAUGGAUUCUAUUCUUGGCUUUAAGCUAUCUCAAAUCAUUCACGAUGGGCCCAAUUCAAAAUUGAAUCAAACACAGAAUGCGCAACCAGCAGUUAUGGCAGUCUCUGUCCUCAUACUCCGCAUUCUGGAAGAAGAAUUUAACUUCAAUAUUGGCGCCCGGAUUGAUGUCACAUUAGGUCACAGCCUGGGAGAGUUUGCCGCAUUAGUGGCUUCCCAACAUCUUAAUUUUCCCGAUGCACUUCGCCUAGUUCGUCGCCGGGCUGAAGUGAUGGCUCAAUGCACAAGGCGAAUGGUUGAACAAUCAGGUGAUAGUUAUGGCAUGGUGGCGCUUAUCUGUGAGCCUGAUCAUCUCGAAAGCUUGCUUCAGACUGUCCAUGAAUUCCUGGGCCUAGCGACCACCCACCUCGAUGAUACCAAUCACCCACCCAUUCCGCAGGUGAUGGUGGCCAACAUCAACUCUCCGAACCAAAUCGUACUUAGCGGCAGUAUUGAAAGAAUCCGGGUCCUCCUUGUCCAACUUCGCCAGUUCGGGGGACACGACCCUCGUGCUGUUAGGCUCAAGAGCGACAGUCCGUUUCAUAGCCCAGUCAUGCUCCCUGCCGCAGAGGAUAUGAAGAUUGCGUUGCAAGAGGUGGAUAUUAACUUUCCCGGCAUUAUUCCGUGCAUGUCCAACGUCUCUGCAUUACCUUUUAAGUCCAAGCAGGAUCUAAAGCACCUUUUGUCACGUCAGUGUACAGACACGGUACGAUGGUGGGAAAGCAUCCGCUAUCUCCAUCAAAAUAAAGGAAUUAAGCGAUGGAUUGGUAUUGGACCAGGUAAAGUGGGCCGAAAUUUGGUUGGCAAAGAGGUUGGAAGAGUCAACACCAAGGGUGGCGGUGUGUGGGCUAUCUGCAACCCUAGGGAAAUGGAAGAAACACUGAAUGCUCUGGAGCAAACUGAAUCCGAAGUCUACAGCACCUAA